AGGAAUGGAAAUAUGUUUCGAGAGUUUUUUUUUCAGACCGCUAGGCCACGGUCGCGUAUCACUGCCUCUUCCCUCACUCGCCUCUCGCAGCCGCAGCCCUCUUCGUCCUCACGCAACCCAGCCUCUUCGUCCUCACGCGUCGUGAAGCCGCAGCCUUCUUCCUGCUGCUGCGAACCUUCUCCACUCAAGGAUUCCCUCGUGAAGCUCCUUAAUGAGGCCAAUGCUGCAUCAGGCAUGGCAGUCAAUGAUGAUUGCAAACUGAAAUUCUUAGAGUUGAAGGCAAAACGGACUUACUGCUUCAUAGUUUUCAAGAUUGAGGAGAAGCUCAAGCAGGUCAUUCUUGAGAAACUUGGGGAGCCAAACCAAAGCUAUGAGGAUUUCACUGCAAGCCUGCCAACAGAUGAGUGCCGAUAUGCUGUUUAUGAUUUAGCAAGAUGCUGUAUGCUAGUUCAUAGGACAGGUUCAAGAGAGAACUUGAUGGAAUCCAUGUUGAACUGCAAGCAACUGACCCUACUGAAAUGGGCCUUGAUGUUGCCAAUUAGACCUUGUUGCAGUUGUAUGUAUGAGAUCAAGGCUUGAAUUUGUGUAUCCCCAUAGAAUUUUAUUUUUCUGUGUUUUUUGUUUGUAUACAAGUGUCUGGUACUGUUGCUAAAUGCUAAGCUUUUAACUUGAUUUUUUU